CCGCGAUUGGACCGGGCCGCGCGUGCGCAGUGGUGUGUGUUGGUGGCGACCCCGCCGUGGGUGCCGAGGACGGACGGCUGCACAGAAUGGCCCAUUUCUCCGGCGGGGAUGAGGGGAUGCUGCAGGCGAUGCUCCGGCAGCUGUUCCAGAGCGUGAAGGAGAAGAUCACCGGCGCUCCCUCCUUGGAGUGCGCAGAGGAGAUCCUCUUGCGGCUGGAGGAAACUGACGAAAAUUUCCACAACUAUGAAUUUGUGAAAUACCUUAGACAGCACAUAUGUAACACGUUGGGAUCUAUGAUUGAAGAAGAAAUGGAAAAGUGCACAUCUGAUCAGAAUCAGGGUGAGGAAUCUGGUUAUGACACUGUGGUACAGCAUGUUACCAAGAGAACCCAGGAGUCUAAAGAGUAUAAGGACAUGAUGCACUCCCUGAAGACCAUCAUGAUGGUGGUGGUGGAGUCGAUGAUCAACAAGUUUGAAGACGAUGAGACGCGGAGUGAGGACAGACAGAGGAAGAUGGAGAAGGACACGAGCGGCAGCUGCUGUACGGACAAUUGCUCCGACAGCGACUCCUCCUUCAACCAGAGUUACAAAUUCUGUCAAGGAAAACUACAGCUGAUUUUAGAUCAGUUGGAUCCUGGGCAACCUAAAGAGGUGAGAUAUGAAGCUUUGCAAACACUAUGCUCAGCUCCUCCUUCGGAUGUCCUGAACUGUGAAAACUGGACCACGCUCUGUGAAAAACUGACCUCGUCCCUGUCUGAUCCAGAUCCUACGUUCACUGACCGGAUUCUAAAGUUCUAUGCACAGACUUUUACACUCUCGCCGUUACACAUGACCAAGGAAAUUUAUACAAGCUUAGCUAAAUAUCUGGAGUUAUACUUUCUUUCUAGAGAAAAUCACAUUCCCACUCUUUCAACUGGAGUAGACAUAACCAGUCCGAAUGUGACCCGCUUACUGAAGAAGGUUCGCCUUCUGAAUGAAUAUCAGAAAGAGGUUCCAUCUUUUUGGAUUCGUCACCCAGAGAAGUACAUGGAGGAAAUUGUGGAGAGUACUUUGUCCCUGUUAUCCGUCAAACAUGAUCAAAGCCAUCUUGUCUCACAGAAGAUUUUGGAUCCCAUCUAUUUUUUUGCAUUAGUUGAUACUAAAGCUGUGUGGUUCAAAAAAUGGAUGCAUGCAUAUUACAGCAGAACUGCAGUACUAAGACUACUUGAAAAGAAAUAUAAAUCUCUGAUAACUACAGCAGUUCAACAGUGUGUUCAGUACUUGGAAUUGUGUGAGGCUAUGAAAGCUGAUGAAAUUUUGGGACAUUCAAAGCAUUGUGGAAACAAGCAAAAAAAUUUCUACUACUCAGGACAAGAACUACAAUAUAUUUAUUUCAUUCACUCACUGUGCCUUUUAGGAAGAUUGUUGAUCUAUACACAAGGCAGAAAAUUAUUUCCCAUAAAGCUGAAGAAUAGAAAAGAUUCAGUAUCUCUCACAAAUCUGCUGGUUUUGUUUACUCAACUCAUCUACUAUUCACCAAGUUGUCCAAAGAUGACAUCAGUUGCGUAUUCAGAGAAUUAUUCUCCUGCGAGUAUGGUGACUGACGUCCUGCGGAUCCUCUGUGACCAGAAAGAAUGUGCCAUUGAGUGCUUAUACAACAGCACUGUGACAGAGACCCUUCUCCAGCCCAUUCAUAACCUGAUGAAAGGAACCGCGGUGGGUGUCACUAAAGAGGCUGCUCCAGACUGCUCCGAAACAGCUUUAAUUCACAUAGCUGAUAUUUUGGCAAGAAUUGCUUCUGUAGAAGAAGGACUUAUUUUACUUCUUUAUGGAGAAAAUAUGAACUCUUCCGAAGAAGAAAGUCCUACAGGUGCGCAUAUCAUAGCCAAGUUUUCAAAGAAACUUCUUGAUGAAGAUAUUUCUAUUUUUUCUGGAUCGGAAAUGUUGCCUUUAGUUAAAGGAGCUUUUAUUUCUGUGUGUCGUCAAAUAUAUAGCACAUGUGAAGGCUUACAGGUGUUGCUUCCGUAUGGUUUACACGAAUCCAUAGCAAAGGCAUGGAAGAAGACAAGCUUGCUAUCGGAAAGGAUUCCCACUCCAGUAGAGGGCUCUGACUCAGUUUCCUCAGUGAGCCAGGAGUCUCCCAACAUUGUGGCUUGGGAAGACAAUUUGCUAGAUGAUUUACUCAAUUUUGCUGCCACUCCCAAAGGAUUGCUACUUCUUCAGAGAACAGGUGCCAUCAAUGAAUGUGUGAUGUUUAUGUUCAACCAAUAUGCAAAAAAACUCCAGAUUAACAGGCAGAAGAAGUUUGACCAUGAAGUUUUGGUUGUACAGGUGGCAUCCACAGCAGCAGGGGCAGUAGCACUACAAAAUUCAGGCUUCAUUAGUGCACUGAUAACUGAGUUAUGGUCCAAUCUUGAAUGUGGAAGAGAUGAUGUAAGGGUAACUCAUCCUAGAGCUACUCCAGUGGAUCCUAUUGACCGAAGCUGUCAAAAGUCUUUCCUAGCGCUGGUGAACCUGCUGUCUUACCCUGCUGUGUAUGAGCUAACCGGCAAUCAAGAACUUCCCAAUAAAGCCGAAUAUUCUCUCCGGGAAGUUCCAACAUGUAUCAUUGAUAUAAUCGAUAGACUUAUCAUUUUGAACUCUGAAGCUAAGAUUCGUUCUUUACUGAAUUAUGAACAAUCACACAUCUUUGGUCUAAGGUUAUUAAGUGUGGUGUGCUGUGAUCUGGAUGCUCUUCUCUUACUGGAGGCUCAGUAUCAAGUAUCCAACAUGUUACUACAUGCUCAGGAAGAAAAUACCUUUGAGAUCUCCGAGAACCACAGGGACUUUAUAAUUGAUGGCUUAUCAGUAGAGAGAAAUCAUGUUCUUGUAAGGAUUAAUCUCAUUGGUGGGCCCUUGGAGCGGAUUUUGCCUCCAAGGAUGCUUGAGAAGGGGGAUGACCCGUAUCCUUGGCCGAUGUUCUCCUCAUAUCCAUUGCCACAGUGCUAUCUGCCAGAAGUCCCACGAAGUCCUGAUGUAAAACAAGACAGUGAUAUCGGAAAGCUGUUAUCAUGCUUCAAAAUGUCUGAUAAACAAACGGAGUGGAUAGAAAACUGCCGAAGACAGUUUUGUAAAACAAUGAAGUCCAAGCCUGAUGCAGUCAGUGGAGGUGCUUUAGGAGAACUACUUGAAAAAUUUGUGCUUCAUCUCACCGAAAACCCCUCUGAGUGCUACUUCCCUUCCGUGGAAUAUACAGCUACUGAUGCAAAUGUGAAGAAUGAAAGUCUCUCAUCUGUGCAGCAGCUUGGCAUUAAAAUGACUGUCAGGUAUGGUAAGUUUCUCAACUUGUUAAAAGAUGGUGCGGAAAGUGAUCUCGCCUUGGUCUUAAAGCACUGUGAGAGAUUCCUGAAACAACAGCAGUCGCCGGUAACUUCUUCUCUUCUGUGCCUGCAAGGGAACUACACAGGCCAUGACUGGUUCGUGUCUUCUCUGUUCAUCAUAAUGCAAGGGGAUAAAGAGAAGACACUCCAUUUUCUUCAGCAUUUCUCCAGGCUUCUGACCUCUGCUUUCCUUUGGGUGCCAAGGCUGCAUAUUUCUAGGUACCUUCCGGUCGACACCGUUGAGACUGGCAUCCAUCCCAUAUAUUUCUGCAGCACUCACUACAUAGAAAUGCUGCUGAAGGCCGAGGUGCCCCUUGUGUUUUCAGCUUUCCACAUGUCUGGCUUUGCGCCAUCACAGAUUUGCCUACAAUGGAUAACUCAGUGUUUUUGGAAUUACUUGGACUGGAUAGAAAUAUGCCAUUAUAUUGCUACUUGUGUUGUCCUUGGUCCUGAUUACCAAGUGUAUAUCUGCAUAGCUGUUCUCAAACAUCUGCAGCGAGACAUUCUCCAGCACACCCAGACUCAAGAUCUACAAGUAUUUCUCAAAGAAGAAGCACUACGUGGAUUCCGAGUGAGCAACUAUUUUGAAUACAUGGAGAUUUUGGAGCAAAACUACCGGCCAGUGCUGCUGAGAGACAUGCGUAGCAUUAGAGUGCAGAGCACUUAGACCACGAAGGGCACUCUAAUGUUACGUUUUAUUCCUCUUUAAUGCGACAAGGCGACUUGAUUGUGUUCUGUCCACAUCGAUAACAUGCUCUGUGUGUCCAUGCAUUGUACAUCAAUACUGAGAGGUUUUGAACAGAAUAUAUUCAUGUUGCUGUUUGCUCACUUUGUGAAAUGAAGUGAGUUCAUUUCUGCAAGUUCCUGGUUCUUUAAAUUUUUAGGAGCAGUCCUAGGUUUUAGUUUUUAUUUGUUUUUUGACUUAUAAAAGCAACAAAGACCUUACUGUGAAACUACUAGGGAACACACUUGAAGAUCUGUAAUAGGCAAUGACUUCUGAAUAAGAUCUGAGGAACUCAGGGAAUAAAAGUGUGCAGAGACAAAUUGUACUACAUUCUUGUAAAGUAAAAGAAAAGGAAGCCAAGGUACAAAUUGGGGAAAUCACUGCCAAUUAUUCACCUGAUAAGGGGCUGAUAGCUAGAAUAUAUGUUGAACUAAAUAAACUACAAAAUAAUAAAAGAACAAAAAGACUCCCGUCAACAAAUGAGCAGGGAGGUAAGCAGACACUUCAGAUGAUGCAGCACCCAUGAUAAAAGAGUACGUGUAGAAAGGCUCACCACCUUUUCCAUCAGGAAAAUGCUCAUCAAAACAAUUACCUCAUCAAAAUGGCGAUCACCAAGAAAACAAGUGCCAGGAUCGGGGGAGGCACUUACAAAUUGUUUGUGGUGAUGUAAACUGAUCUAGCUACUAUGGGAAUCAGAAAACUAAAAGUUGACCUAGGUUGACCUAGCCACACAACUUAUAUGAUAGAAAUAAAUAAAUGCAUGUCAGAUUACCAUGAAGAUCCCUGCACAUCUAUGUUUAUCUUGGCACUAUUCACAAUAGCCAGGUUAUGGGAUCAGUCAAGGUAUUCAUAGUGUAUGUCCACAACAGAGUUUUACUCAGCCCUAAAGAAGAACAAAAUUAAGCAUUUGUCGGAAAUUGGGAUUGUAGAUCAUGUUAGGUGAUAAAAGCCAGUCCCCUAAAGGCAAGCAUCACAAGUUUUAUCUCCUAUAUGGAAGCUGGGGGUGGGGCAUGAAGGUAGGUAGAUGCGCAGUAUGAAAGGCACAGGGAUUAUAAGAAAGUGGUGGAGGGCUGAGGAGUCACCGACAUGGCUCAGGGAUUAAAGGCACUUGCCUCCAAGCCUGACAGCUUGAUUUCGGCCCCUCACACACACAUUGUGGAGGAACAAAACUAACUCUCAAGAGCUGUGCUCUGACCUCCACAUGCACACUGUAGAUGUGCCUGGAACUGUAAAGUAGAAUAUUUUUAAAAAACUCAUGUGAGACAAAUAGAAUCAGAGUACAUUGCAUUUAUGUCGGGACUGUCACAGUGACAUAGAAUGAAAUAUCUCACCCUUCCUCGUCUCGACUCUGUAAUGGUUUUCUAAUGAACUCGGGGAGAAGAAGCAAUUUUGUUUACAGAGGGAGGAAGGGAGGGAGGAAGGAAGGAAGGAAGGAAGGAAGGAAGGAAGGAAGGAAGGAAGGAAGGAAGGAAAAUGAACAAAAAACCUGAGUACCAGAAAGAGUCCAUAGAGAUGGGCAAAAGCCCAGAUUCUUCCUUUUUAUGACUGCACAUGUGGAAAACCACAGACAACAGCACAUUUGCUCAUUUCCCCUGCAGAGGAACAAAGGAUAUCUACCAGGACAUUGUCCUCAGACAUGAUUGCCUUUCUAGGAGGCGCUUUUUGUACUGAUAGCAAUUUCUAACUUUUCAUUGGCAAUAUAGAGUUCACAUGGCUCAUUUAGAAGACAGAUUGUCUCCCUCAUGCUGAUAAGCAUUCUGCUAUUAUUUCGUGGCAUUUCUUGGUGAUAGAUUUGAUUUGUACUGAACUUGAAAACAUUAAGAAGAAUAGAUUUCUAAAUUGAAAUGAUUUACACUACAUUUUAUUUAAAUAGAAGUCUCUGUGCCCAUAGGAUUAACAUGUGAGGGUCUGAUUUUCUUGUAACUGUCCAUUUACUGUUUGAAAGCCAAUACUCAAAUGUGUUACUAAUUUACGAAUUUCAGUUUUUUAAAAACUCAUAUAGGUUAUUUUGUAUUAUUUGUUCAUAUAACCAUACUUUUAAAAACUAAUACUACUUUUUAAAAAUUUUCUACCAAAAUGAGGCAUGCCCAAAUUCAUUUUCAUCAGCAUGUGAGGCAACAGGUGCUAUUCAGUUUUCAAUUUAGGGGCAUUUAGACGUUUAAAAUAUGCUUCUUCCCAAAUCAGGUUUUGUACUGUCCAUGCCAACAAUAGCUUUCCAGUAAUGGCGUCGUUAAAGGGCAUUGUAAAUUGAAGGAAGGUAAAUUGAGCAUGUUAAUUAGACUCAAUGCACAUUUGGCUCCCACCAAGUGAGUGAGGAGAGGAGGAGAUGACCCCAACACGUGCUUUGUCUACUGAGCACCUGUCUGGAGCCAGAGAGCGUUCUUAAGGGUCCAGCUGCUGUGUGUUCCUGAGUGAUGCUCUUAGUGCUAAGAGGCCGGAACCUCCUCUCAUGUGAAAGCUUUUGCAUUGCAGAUAGAAAUUAUUUACAUCGUUGGUGAUGGAUGAAUUAUUGGAAACUCAGGUAAUAUUGAAGUUAUGACCGUUACAUUUUGCAAGCAGUGACCUCAUUUGGAACCAGGUGGUUUUGAUUUUUCUUUGAUAAAGUAGACACAGAACUGGACAAGGUUGUCCACACCUGUGAUCCCAGCACUCAAGAAACAAGAGGCAGGCCAUCGACGCAAGUUUCAGACCAACUAGGACUACAUAUUGAAACCCUAUCUCAGAAACACAGAUAAAUAAAUAAAGUAAGGAAGUGAAAAAAUAAUAAGAUUGUAUGAUGUCUCAACAGAUAAAGGUAUUGGAGGUCAAACCUAAUAGCCUGAGUUAGAUCUCCAUGACCUACACAGUAGCAGAACACCGACUCCCACAAGUUACCCCUGCCCUCCACACCUGUCCCCACCAAAACAAUGUAAUUGAAAAAUAAAAAAAAAACAAGAAACCAGAAAACAAUCCAAAAUUAAAAAUAAGUAAGAAAUGUCUUAAGAAGAAUGAUUUACACUAGUUUCAUGAAAGAAAACAUAACAGUUUCCGUGGCUAUCCUUGUGAUUCAUGUUUCUACUUAUUUUAAGAAUAGUAGCCUUAAAGAAUGCUGUCCUGACUCCAUUGUGUAAUUAAGCAUGAGCUCUUGGAACAGACUUUGUCUCUUAUUUGUGAGGAGCCAAUUCAUAUAUUUUCCAGAAUUAUAAAUAAAAUUUUAUGAUAUAAA